GAGCGCGGGGCGGUCUCGCGAGCGGUGGCAGAACUGGUGGAGUCUCUCUCAUUGCAGGGAUCUUAUGCUGGAAAAAUCCACUCUAUUGGUGAUGCCUUCAGAAAUUUCAAAAAUCUCCGAUCCUUAGAUUUAUCAAGGAAUUUGAUCACUAGUCUGAAGGGCAUCCAGUAUCUAUGUUCACUCCAAGAUCUGAACUUAUAUUAUAACAACAUUCCUUCAUUAGUGGAGGUGUCCCGACUACAGCCCUUACCCUUCCUCAAAGAACUAGAUUUGAGACUCAAUCCUGUUGUAAGGAAAGAUACAGAUUAUAGGCUCUUUGCUGUGUACACACUGCAAAUGCUGGAGAAACUGGAUGACCGAGCUGUCCGUGACAGUGAGAGGAGAGCGGCCAAGCUACAUUUCAGUCAGUUGGGCAGCAGUGAAAAUUUUCUCCUAGAGGUGGAAAAAAGCUCUAGGGAGAAGACAAUGAAAAACUGUGUGACAGAUGAGGGCCCUGCAUCACACGUCAGUUCUGAGGUUGACACCAGAAUGGAAACAGACUCAAACAAAGGACUUUUUAUUUCCUUCCCCAACCGGGAAAUAAAGGAUUCCCUAGCAAGCAUUUGUGCAACCCAGGGCAGUGGCACACCAGCUCAGAAAUUAGACGUUUUUCCACUGGAGACACAGAUGCAGGAAGCAACAAGAAGGGAGACAAGUGACCUCCACCAGGAAGAUGGAUUGGAACUCAGGCAUUACUCGCCUCAUCAGGGCACAGUCCGAUCUCCAGAGAAGAUGACAAGAGAUGGAUACCGAGUAUCUUUUUUAGACACUAAGUCUUCAGGUUCUUCUCCAGUAAAGGACUUGAUACCAAAACCUGAUGCCUAUCCGUGUACCCAUGAUGCCUCUUUGGGUAAACGUCUGGAUGUGGGUGAUUCUAACCAGAUCCUUCCCUGCCAAUUACCUUCUGGUGUUUGUCUGGACCAUUAUGAUAAUCAUUAUUCUCAAACUCUUUGCCUGCACGGAAGUCUUGUCAAAAGGCCUCAAAAAGGCAAGUACUAUCGAGAAUACAGCACAAAGCCUUCCAAUGAUAAAAAGGCCGCUUCAUCCCUUUCCUGUGGAGACCUGCUAACAUCCCUGUCAAACCCUGACUGCAGCACAGGAAGGCCAUUGAAGCUCAGUUCAGAUCUCUAUGCCACAACCCGUUUCAACAGUGACCAUGCUCUGCUGGCCAAUGUAGAGCAACAGCUGUCCAGCCUCGGUGAUUUUGCACCAGCACCUGGUUCCUUCCCAAGCAACCCUGCCCUAGGAAAUUCUCUGCGGACACUGCUGUUGCCUCCUGGGACUCCAGAAAACAGAGAGAUUCCAACUAAGAGGUCAUUAAGCCCUUCAAGGAGAGGAUUCAAGCGGAAGGACAAUAUCCUUGCCAACCUGAAUCUGAAACGUGGUUUCCAAGAUGCUACAGGCAGCGAGCCUUUCUCUAGUGACCUGGGCAGUUUGCAUGGUUUAUCAGGAAACCGUAGUCCCCCGAUCUCUGCCAGAACACCCCACGUAGCCACUGUCCUCAGACAGCUCCUGGAGCUGGUGGAUAAGCACUGGAAUGGUUCUGGCUCCCUUCUCCUCAACAAGAAGUUUCUUGGUCCUGCCAGAGAUUUGCUCCUGUCCUUGGUGGUGCCUGCACCUCCCCAGCAGUGGCAUCGCUCGCUGCUUGACGACAAGACAGGGAGAGCCUUGCACUGGAGGGAGACGGAGCUAAAGGAAGCAGGGCAGCUGGUUCCCAGUGAUGUGGAAAGUUUGAAGCAAAAACUGGUCAAAGUGUUGGAAGAAAACCUUAUUUUGUCAGAAAAAAUUCAGCAGUUGGAGGGAGCUGCUGCCACCUCGGUUGUGAGUGGGCACCCAUCUCACACACACGCAGGAGAGAAUGGAUAAGGAAAUACAGCUCAAUGACCCAGCAAUGAGCACCACCAGCACUUUUGAAUUCUUUCUCCCAGAUAACCUCCAUAAGAUAGACAUGCAACUCAAAGAUUUCAAUUAUACCAUAAGUUUUAAAGAUAAUUUACAUGCAAAAUAUAUUCAUCUUAAGUUUGACGCUAAUGAAAAGAUAAAACACCUUUGUAACUCCAGAAAGUUACCAUUAUAUACUUGUGUAGUCAUUUUCCCCUCCAUAUCCCAGCAACCACACAACUAUUUCUACAUCCUCACUUAAUGCUAAAUGGCACUGGCAACUCCCCGGAGUUGCAUGAGUAGUCUUCAUUUAUCUGUCAAAUUCUAUACUGUUGUUUCUAAUAUUUAAUUACCAUGGUGAGAAUGUUGGUAAUGCCCGGAAUGAAAACAGUGCUCUGAGACCACCUUUCUUCCUGGUGAUGGAGCUACAGCUCCUGAGACUUGUGCUGCUGUCAAUGAUGCUGCUUCCCAAAGCUGCUGGGCAAAGAUUGCUGUACAUUUCAGAAGAGGGGAAGUCAAAAGGCAUAGACCUUUACAUGUUGCUAAAUCACUCCCCAGAAACGUGGUUUUGAUUAAGCACAUCUGUAUUUGAGCUCCUUUUCCACUCCUCCUUUGCUACUCUUUUCUUCUUCUUUUUUUUUUUUUUGAUUUAUUUAUUUGUUUAUAUGCAUACACUGUAGCUGUCUUCGGACACACCAGAAGAGGGUAUCAGAUCCCAUUACAGAUGGUUGUGAGCCACCAUGUGGGUGUUGGGAAUUGAACUCAGGACCUCUGGAAGAGCAGUCAAUGCUCUUAACCACUGAGCCAUCUCUCCAACCCCCAAUACUACUUUUGUCUGUUUACCUUGUUGUUUUGGUUUGUUCUGUUUUGUUCUGUUCUGUUUUGUUUUGUUUUGUUUUGUUUUGUUUCGAGACAGGGUUUCUCUGUGUAUCCCUGACCGACCUGGAACUCGCUCUAUGUACCAGGCUGGCUGAAAACUCAGAGAUUCACCUGUCUCUGCCUCCCAAGUGCUAGGAUUAAAUGUGUAUGCUGCUAUGCCCAGCUGAAAAUGUUACCUUUUCAUUUUAGGUUUGCCAUUGUGAUAGUAAAACAAUAUUCACUCAA